AAGAACAAUAGGAAUCGAGAGAUAAUUACCGUAAUUUUCCGAGAUUUUCAAGCGAGUGAGAAAAAAGUGUAUAAAAAUUAUCUCUUCGCAGGCAUUGAAUUUUAUUUGUGUUAAAUUUUUUGUUGAAUUAACAAGUCUGAAAAUUUUCUAAUCAGUAAUAUUUUGUGGAAUUAAGAAAAUGUCAGAGUUCAAGGGAAAGAAUGUUCAAGGAUCCAGUGCUAAUUUUUAUAAAUUUUCCGAUGACUUGGAAAAUUGGAUGGGAAAUCUUCCAAAUGAAAUUAGAGACCGGAUUCCUAUAAUUAAUCUAGCAAUUCCUGGUUCGCAUGAUUCUGGUGCUUAUGCCGUGACUAGACAUUCAAAGAUUGCGCCCGAUGCUGAAGAUGUAGUUCGUCAAUUGUAUCGAUUCAUUCCAUGGGUUGUACGUAAAUGGGCAAAGACACAAAAGUAUACAUUCAGAGAACAGCUUUACAAUGGCAUAAGAUACUUUGACUUACGACUGGCUGUAAACGAUGACGAUGAUCAGAUUUAUUUCGUACAUGGUGUCUAUUGUGACGAAGUUAUGUAUCCAUUAGAAGAAAUGUUGAAUUUUUUAAUUGAUCAUCCACAAGAAUUUGUCAUUUUGGACUGUCAACACUUUUACAAUUUUGAACCUCAUCAUCACCAAAAGUUUUUUCAGGUCCUAUUGAAAUUAUUUAACACAAGAAUUUACGAGAGAUUCAUCCAUGAACAAGACUUCCCGUACUUAACGUUAUCAAAGGCAUUGAACCUUCAUAAACAGCUGUUUAUCAUUUAUCGGAACCAAAACAUUGAUAAGACAUUCUUUCAGUCUUAUCAUUUCCAAAAUCCAUGGCCAAACGUUACAGACAUAAGAAAAUUGGAAGAGUUUCUAGACCAUAGAAUCAUGUUAAGGUCACCGUACCAAGGAUAUUGCACUCAAUUAGUGCUAACACCAACCAGUUCCUUUAUCAUUCGAAGAUUCUAUUCAUCUCUAAGAAGUAAAUGUGCGAAGCAGGUUGACAAGGAAUGCAAAGCUUAUUUGGAGUCACAAAAACCUGGUCCUUUCAAAGACUUUGAAGAUCGAAUGUGUUUCUCGCAGAUUUUGUUGAUUUAUAUGACAAUUAUUUCCCAAAGACAGUUGUUGAUCUUAACAUGAAACUCCUUCCAUAAUUGUAGUCA